CUGGCAACGCUGAUGCCACCGACCAAUAAUUAUUAUCCUCCUCCCGUCCGAGACAAUUAAACGAAAUUUGAUAGCAAUAUUUUUUCCAUCUAAUCGAUCGUGGAAAGGUUGCUUUCGCGAUGGCUUCGCUAAUCUUAGUUAACGGCUCCAGCUUGGCCAGACAACAGACCGGAGCACUCGGUAUCAUUUGUUUGAAAGCCAAUUAUAGCACGGAGGAACCACGCAAGUUAAAAAGCACCAAUCUGGCAACUCUAAAACGCGGAACUGGUGGUCGGUCAAGUUUUAACGGGAUAGUUGCGACCGUGUUCGGUAGUACCGGAUUUUUAGGGCGCUAUGUGUGUAACAAAUUAGGAAAAAUUGGAUCCCAAUUGAUUUUGCCCUAUCGUGGUGACCAUUACGAUGCGCUGCGUCUGAAGGUUGUGGGUGACUUAGGUCAGGUCCUGUUUCACCCAUACGAUCUUCGCGACGAAGAAUCGAUCUACAAAGCUGUCAAAUAUUCGAAUGUUGUUAUCAAUCUAGUAGGUCGCGAUUGGGAAACAAAAAACUUCAAAUUCCAAGACGUACAUGUGGAUGGAGCCCGUCGUAUAGCUCGCAUUGCUAAGCAAGCUGGCGUAGAGAAAUUUAUUCAUUUGUCUAGCUUGAACGCCUCUGCUGACCCGGUGCCUAUUGUGAAGAAAGAUGGAAGUCAAUUUCUCAAGUCUAAAUACUACGGAGAGCUAGCUGUUCGAGAAGAGUUUCCAGAGGCCAUUGUUUUUCGUCCCUCGGAUAUAUAUGGCCAGGAAGAUCGCUUUCUACGGUACUAUGCUCAUAUCUGGCGUAGACAGUUCCGUGCAAUGCCAUUGUGGUACAAAGGUGAGCGAACAAUUAAACAACCAGUCUACUGUUCGGACGUCGCGCAAGGUAUUAUCAAUGCGAUCAAAGAUUCGGACACUCAGGGUAACACUUACCAAGCGGUUGGCCCACGUCGAUACAAACUAAGCGAGCUGGUUGAUUGGUUCCACCGAGAAAUGCGUAAAGACGAAGAAUGGUGGGGCUACCGACGCUAUGAUCUACGAUACGAUCCAACAUUCAUGAUGAGGGUUCGUUUUACCGAAUUCAUAAGCCCGGGAUUUCCCGUUGGAGAACUACACACUGAAAGAGUUGAACGCGAACACGUGAGUGACGUUAUUGAAAAAGGGGUUCCCUCGCUAGAAGAUUUAGGAGUUAAUUUAACGCUGAUGGAAGAUCAGGUACCGUGGGAGUUGAGACCUUACCGAGCUGCUCUUUACUACGAUGCUGAAUUGGGCGAAUUCGAAAAACCAACACCACCGCCAUUCAUUCAUUAAGCAUGGGAGACCGUCUCCAUUCGUCUCGUCUUUUGGUUGGGUUGAAAUCCAUUUUAAACCAAUAAAUCAAUGAAAAUAUGUUCAAAA